AUGAUUCGCUCGUUUGCAAAUUUGUCGGUUUCGUCCGGCUCGCGCUGCUUCUCCACGUCGGUCAACAAGAAAUCAAGCCUUUCAACUCGCCCAAUUCAACGUCCCACCUACAGCCCUUACAAUUUGUUCAUCAAGGAGCAAUACCCUAAACUCAAAACUCACGAAAACGAGAGGGUUUCUGAAGUGAUGAAGAAAAUUGCUAGUGCUUGGAAGAAUGUUUCUGCCGCGGAGAAAGAUAGACUUACCGUCCAAGCGAAGAAAGUUGCCGAUGAACGAAAAAAGGCGUUAUCGGAUGCGGAAAAGCUUCAAAUUCGCGAGAAUAGAAUCAAGAGAAAAGAACGCACAUUGGAGAAAGAUGUGGAUGCUAAAUAUCCAGAUCGUCCGAAAAAACCCGCUUCAGCUUAUGGGCUCUACUUGAAGAACAAAGGUGCAAAUGCUCCCCGCGUUGAUGGCCAAAAACUCGAUUUCAAACAGCUUGCAUCUGAUUGGAAGAAUUUGGGCGAAAGCGAAAAGGAGAAGUACCGUACUGAAGCGGAGAAAGCCAUGAGCAUAUACAACGCGGAGGUCAAAGAAUGGCGGGACAAGCACGGAUUGAAGAAAAUG